AUGCUGAAGCUCUGGGCCGCUGUCCCCGAAGUAGCCGCGGGUGCCUUCGGCCGCUGGGGCCCGCGCUUUCUGUGCAGGGGCAUGUUCUACGCGGUGAGGAGGGGCCGCCAGACCGAUGUGUUCCUCACCUGGAGUGAAUGUCAAGCUCAAGUGGACCGAUUUCCUGCUGCAAGGUUUAAGAAGUUUGCCUCUGAGGAUGAGGCUUGGGCCUUUGUCCGAAAUGCAACAAGUCCUGAUCAUUCAACAGAGCAGAAAAAGAAAUGUGACACACAGGACCCCAAACUGAAUCCAAACAAGAGACCCCAUGAAUCAUCAGGUGAAGAGGAAGAGCCUUGCCCAAAGAUUGCAAAACAAGCUGUGGACUCAGUACCCUCACUUAGCAAAGAUAUAUUUUCUUAUAUGGGAGAUGCGGCUGUGGUUUACACAGAUGGCUGCUGCUCCAGUAAUGGGAGGAGGAGAGCUCGAGCUGGCAUAGGUGUUUACUGGGGGCCAGGCCAUCCCCUGUAA